AUGGGAAGAGGUAAGAUUGUGAUUCGAAGGAUCGACAAUUCCACAAGCAGGCAAGUGACUUUCUCAAAGAGGAGAAAGGGAUUGAUCAAGAAAGCAAAAGAGCUAGCAAUCCUCUGCGAUGCAGAAGUUGGACUUAUGAUAUACUCCAGCACUGGGAAGCUUUACGAAUAUGCAAGCACCAGCAUGAAAUCAGUGAUCGAGAGAUAUAACAUAAGCAAGGAGGCACAUCAACAACGGACAAAUCCAGAAUCCGAAGUCAAGUUUUGGCAAAGGGAGGCAGAAAUUUUAAGGCAGCAAAUACAGAAUCUACAAGAAAACCAUCGGCAAUUGAUGGGAGAACAGCUUUACGGUUUGAGUGUCAGAAACCUACAAGAUCUAGAGAAUCAACUGGAAAUGAGUCUCCAAGGUGUCCGCAUGAAAAAGGAACAAAUUCUUACGGAUGAAAUCCAAGAGCUGAAUCGAAAGGGCAACAUUAUCCAUCAGGAAAAUGUGGAACUUUAUAAGAAGGUAAACCUCAUUCAACAAGAAAAUACACAACUAUGCAAAAAGGUCUAUGACACAGCUGAUAUGGCCACAACAAGCAAAAAUGCAUUUGUUCCACUUCCAUAUGGUAUUCAUGCAGGAGGGGAUCCAUAUGCAUUCAUCCAACUUCAGUUAUCCCAGCCAGAGCAAGAAGCCUGUGAGACAUCAGGCAGUGCCACAAAAUGA